UUCCCGAAUUUUGCUAAAGGCUUUUACUUCGGCACCUCUUAAAGGCCACCUACCCCCGCCACGAAAGGAGUGCCCCCAGGACCCUGACGGUGGCCUAGGAGAACACAGCCACUGAAGGGGAGGCCUGAGAAUUAUGUUUCGUGUAAUUCCCGCGCGCGUUCUCACGGCCCCAUGGGAGCGCGGAGGCGGGGAUAGAUGAGACGGGUGGCGUCACCGCCUAAGCUCCACCUCUAGCUGCGUCUUCUAAUCGCGUUUUUCCGGUCGGAGCCUUCUCUUCGCCUUUCCUUCGCCAUCGUGCGCCACCUGCCCGCCUAGGCUUCUCGCCAUGUCUUCUCACAAGACUUUCAGAAUCAAGCGAUUCCUGGCUAAGAAACAAAAGCAAAAUCGCCCUAUUCCUCAGUGGAUUCGGAUGAAAACUGGCAACAAAAUCAGGUACAACUCCAAGAGAAGACACUGGAGGAGAACGAAGCUGGGUCUGUAAGGAGUCAACAAUGAAUGACAAGACAAUUUAUGAUGAAUCGUGAUCCUUGAUGAGUGUUACAAGAUGAAGUUCAACAUUUUCAACCUGGAGACUUGAUCCUCUUUAAGUUGGGAGUGGUUUCUCCAGUAAUAAAAUGUAGAACCUUUUGA